CCGCGGGCGGCGGAACUACAGGUCCCAGGAUCCUCGGGGAGCGGGUUGUGGCGCCUGCGCCUCGCUCAGUACCCGCGGGCGGGGCGGCCAUGGCGUCGGGUUGCCGGAUCGGCCCGUCCAUCCUCAACAGCGACCUGGCGGCGCUGGGCGCCGAGUGCGGCCGCAUGCUGGACUCCGGGGCGGACUAUCUGCACCUGGACGUGAUGGACGGGCACUUUGUUCCGAACAUCACAUUUGGACACCCUGUAGUAGAGAGCCUUCGAAAGCAGCUGGGUCAGGAUCCUUUCUUCGAUAUGCACAUGAUGGUUGCCAAGCCAGAGCAGUGGGUGAAACCAAUGGCUGUAGCAGGUGCAAACCAGUACACUUUUCACCUAGAGGCUACAGACAAUCCAGGGGCACUGAUUAAAGACAUUCGGGAAAAUGGGAUGAAGGUAGGCUUGGCCAUCAAACCUGGAACUGUAGUUGAAUAUUUAGCACCAUGGGCCAAUCAGAUAGACAUGGCUUUGGUGAUGACAGUGGAACCUGGAUUUGGAGGGCAGAAGUUCAUGGAAGACAUGAUGCCAAAGAUUCAGUGGCUGAGGACACAAUUUCCUUCCUUGGAUAUUGAAGUAGAUGGUGGUGUAGGGCCAGACACCAUCCAUAAAUGUGCAGAGGCAGGAGCAAACAUGAUUGUGUCUGGCAGUGCUAUUAUGAAAAGUGAAGAUCCUAGAUCUGUCAUCAACCUCCUGAGGAAUGUGUGUUCAGAAGCUGCUCAGAAACGCUCCCUGGACCGAUGAGACCGCCAACUCAUGCCAAGGCAGCUGGGGUGUGAACGGGUUCUAGUCCAAUAUGGAGACAUUGCUCCUGAACCAGGACUGCAGCACUGAAGAAUUGUUCCUUCACUGCAAGAAGCUGUUUUGCCAGGGCUGGAAACACAAUCGGCCAGUGCUAUCCCUUAAAUUGCCUGGAGACUUAUUUUAUAGCAGAUAACAGGGAUUGGAUUGAAACAAAAUUCAGUCAGUUUUUGCUUGAAAGGUAUGGAAGACUUAAGAGUCUGCUCUGUGCAUUCCUACAAAACUGUUUCAA